AUGCCUUCCAUGCACCUUUCUCAGAUUCGAAAAUGGAUACUUAUGUCUCCCCCAAUCGAGUGGGGGGUACAACAGCUUCGUGAGAUCUUGAUUGGUGCCCUCCGGCAAGGUCCGCUACCACAGCAUGUGGCCUUUGUUAUGGAUGGAAAUAGGCGUUUUGCUCGAAUGCACGGCAUAGAGGUUGUGGAAGGGCAUAACCAGGGAUUUGAAGCACUGGCAAAGAUACUCGAAGUUUGCUACAAAGCCGGCGUUAAAGUGGUCUCCAUCUAUGCUUUCAGUAUCGAAAACUUCAAGCGAUCAAAAUACGAAGUCGAUGCUUUAAUGGACAUGGCAAAACACAAGCUUGCUCAGCUUGCUCAACACGGGGAUCUGUUAGAACACUAUGGCGCCCGCAUACAAAUUCUCGGGCAGAAAGAGCUUAUUAAACCCGAUGUUUUGGAAGCAAUGGACCGUGCGGUUGAGAUGACGAAGGGGAAUGGGAAAGCCAUCUUGAAUAUUUGUUGCCCAUACACAAGCCAUGCCGAAAUGACGGCGGCAAUCCGGGAUACGGUUCUAGACUACUCAAAACCACUGGCAAGUCAGCAGAGAUCUUUCUCUGAAUCACACAUCGUACACAAUAUCAGAGCGAGAAGGUUCUCAAAUACUACUCCUGCACCCAUGGCCGCCAAGGUACGAUCGCAUUCGCCAACCUCCGGCGCUGCGUCCGACACGGAAGACUCAAACUCGACUGCCACAACGCUAAACCAAGGGUCUACACCGGACGAGUCAGUCAUCGAAGAUGAAGAUGAUUUAAAGGAAACGCAAAGCAACUCUUAUCCAGACGUCGAAUCUAUUACGCCAGAAGUGAUCAACGAUCACAUGUACACGGCAGGUCUACCGCCACUGGAUCUUCUGGUCCGGACAUCAGGCGUUGAGAGACUCAGUGAUUUUAUGUUGUGGCAAGCUCACGAAGAGACCGAAAUCGUGUUCCUGAAAUGCAUGUGGCCAGAAUUUGAUCUGUGGCAGUUCCUACCAGUUUUAGUCGACUGGCAAUGGAAGCGAAGGAAAAUGAUGGACAUAAUCCCCGUUAUCGUACUUGCGACCCUCCUCAUCAUCCGCUCUGAUUCCCUCCCGCCGGAUGUAGACGACAAACUGCCACCUUCCCUCACUGGCGAACCAGCUGGCUUUGACCCGAACGCGAAACCGUACAAACCUCUUUACAAGCCUACAUCAGAGAAACCUCCUCCCAUACAAGACAAUUUCCCACGCGCUGCGGACGCGAAAAGUCCGAACGAUUUGCCUCCCAUUCCGAGCUGGAACAAGCCACCUAAAACUAGGAAGCAUGCGACGCCGCUCUUCAUCGGCUUCACGCGCAAUUGGCGUCUCCUCCAGCAGACGGUGGUGUCUUAUAUUGUAGCAGGAUGGCCUCCCAGCGAGAUCUACGUGAUAGAGAAUACUGGUGUGAUGAAUUCAAACCGCGACGGCUUGCUCACCCUUCAGAAUCCAUUUUUCCUGGAUCACCAUCGGCUAACAAAAGUACUUGGCAUAAACGUUAUUUCCACACCGACAUUGCUGACAUUUGCACAACUGCAAAAUUUCUACACCUACACAUCACUUCAGAAGGGCUGGGAACAUUACUGGUGGGCGCACAUGGAUACCGUCAUCGUCAGCGAUGAAGAGUAUGAGCGGCAGCCGUACAAGUCUGCCUACACACGUGCUGUUGAAGCAAUGGAAGAAACGCAAAAGGAGUCUUGGGGGCCUUUAGCCACCCUGUGGUACGACUACGAUCGCUUGGCUCUUGUGAGAACGAAAGCAUUUGUCGAUGUUGGUGGCUGGGACACCCUUGUUCCCUUUUACAUGACAGACUGCGACAUGCACGAGCGUUUAUGGAUGAAAGACUUCAAGAUUGAACCUGCUGAAGCUGGAAAGAUCUGGGACGUAGCAAGUACCUUGGACGAUUUGGAGAUUCUCUAUAAGAGGGGUCCAGUGGAAAAGAGUGGAAUGAAUAAAAAACGUGAAGAGUUCGAGAAGAAUUCACCAGCGUACAAGGAUGUACUAGAGAAAUUAGAUGUGCUGCAAAGAGCCAAAGCGGAGAGUACAGCAGGCCGUAAUACCUGGCAAGCGAGACAAAAGGGUGGUGAAGGCGAGCCCUUCUACCGCGAUUCUGAUGGCUUCGAGAAAGGUAUCCAGAUGUGGAUGGAGUUCGGCAGAGAUGUAUUCUUUGAGAAGUGGGGAAGAGGCCCCUGUGAUAUUAGAGACGCUGGUUUAAAGCAUGACGAUCAAUGGAGAGUAAUUCGAGACUGGGAGAGUGAGGAUGUCCAAAGGCAAUACUGGAGGGAUAAAGAGCGUGAAGUCAAGGAGAAGGAGAAAGCUGCUGCUGAUGGCAAAAGUGAACGGUAG